AUGUUUUGGGUACACUGUGGACUCUUUGUUCUCGUGAUUGCCGUACCUGGAUUUAUUAGCACCGCCGACAGCACGUCCAAACGAGAGGCCGACUACACCUUAGAUGAUUCCUAUUGGAAUGAAGAAACUACUCCCGGCGAGGUCGAACGACUACUGCGAGAGUUUCAACAAAAUCAAGAUCUAAUACGAAACAUCGGUUCGCACUACUAUCAGAUCAUCUAUCCGGUGCAGUUGCGGCAUCACGAGAAAAUGGGGAUAUCCACAAGAGAAGCUGGCUUUGCAAGGUAUCCUCAAAGGGCCGGCUAUGGAGAGGGGAACUAUCAAAAUUCGAGAGGAAGAUCACGAACAGGGAAACACUUUCAUCGAACGUCCAUACUCGUCAAGGCCUUCAAUCAUAAAUUUCGUCUAGAUCUAGAACUAAAUACGCAACUUUUAGCUCCGAAUCUGAGUCAAAAAGACUAUUUAGCCAGCGGGGCGCAGCAAUUUUCGAAACAGGAAAUAGAGCACUGCUAUUACCACGGCACGGUGAAAGACUAUCCCGGCGCCAUUGCUGCCUUUCAUACGUGUAACGGCGUCAGCGGCGUCAUACACUUAGGCAACGAGACGUUUGUCAUCCAGCCGUUCUACGGAGGGGAUCUGUCGCAGAAACAUCCUCACGUUAUAUUUGAGGCUCGAUCAAAGGCUAACAAAGGCUGCGCUAACACGGGGAAUUUGGAGUAUCAUUCGAAAAACCGACAGCAGAAGCAUGUUCUGGGACUAUCGGAAGGCACUUCCGGCCGAUACAAGAGAGACGUUCGCGACGCGACCAAAUACAUCGAAACUGCCAUCGUCAUCGACAAGGCCAUGUUCGACAAGAGGAACGGCAGCAGCAGAGCAGAGAUCGUCCACGAUGCCAUCCAAAUCGCAAACAUAGCAGAUUCGUACUUCCGCACGUUAAAUACGAGGGUGUCGGUGGUGUACAUCGAGACGUGGCAGGGCACGAACCAGGCGGAUAUCACAAGAAACAUGGACAUCAGCCGCGCUCUGCGGAACUUCAACGACUACAUCAUGAGACAAAUGUACCAGAUGACCCAGGACACCACCCAGUUGCUCACAGGGGAAGUCUUCGAUGGGGGUGAAUUGGGCAUGGCAGUGCCAAAUACAGUGUGCAGUCAACGCUCCGUAGGCAUCAGUGUCGACAUAAACACCUACGAGCCCCACCUCUUAGCCGGCACCAUGGCUCACAUGAUAGGACACAACAUCGGCAUGAGGCAUGAUGACGAAAGGGACGACUGCUCCUGUCGCGAUUGGCACGGCUGCAUAAUGCGCCAAUCAAUCGUCGGCCAGGACAACAUUCAGCCGUACAAGUUCUCCGAAUGCAGUAGAUCGGAUUACAUCGACUUACUCAAGAGCGGACAAGGAAUCUGCUUGUUGAACAAGCCAAACGAGCUAGAAGUGAGGAGGUCAUGCGGUAACAGGGUAAUCGAUGACGGGGAGCAAUGCGACUGCGGCACUAUAGAAGAAUGCCACAACUAUGACCCGUGUUGCGACCCCAUAACGUGCAAGCUCACCACGGAAGCCGAAUGCGCCACGGGGCCAUGCUGCAACAACUGCAAGUUGCGGGCACGCGGGGUGAUUUGUCGCGACUCGACGAACGAGUGCGACCUGCCGGAGAUGUGCAACGGGGAGAACGGCCAAUGUCCUGCAGACGUGCACAAGAAGAACGGCAGCCCCUGCUCCAACGACUCCGGGUUCUGCUUCAACGGCGGCUGCCCCGCCCUGGACCUGCAAUGCGAGCAGGUCUGGGGCUACGGAGGGGUGGCUGCUGAUAAGCUGUGCUUCGAGAGAUUCAACUCCAAGGGCUCCAUAAGCGGCCAUUGCGGCUCCGAUGGCCCGGAGCAUUACAUCAAGUGCGAGCCUCAGAAUGUUCGAUGCGGAUCGCUGCAAUGUCAGAAAGGGAACAAGCAGCCUGUCGUCGGUGGAAUGAACGAACUCUUCUCGAGAACCAUCAUUUCCAUUAAAGGACAGGAAUACGAGUGCAAGUCAACGACCGACAGGAAGGACGGAACUGACAUGCCGAGUAUGGGCUUGGUUCGCGAUGGGACAUCUUGCGGCGACAAUCUGAUUUGCGUGAAUCAGUCGUGCACGAGUGUCUUCCCACAUUUGGACCAAGAGAAAUGCCCAACCAACCACAACAAUCACGAAUGCUCGGGAAACGGAGUGUGCACGAAUGCGAACAAGUGCUUUUGCAACAGCGGAUGGAGCGGCCCGGACUGUUCCAUACAGACGGAAAUACCGACCUCAGAACCUACCACCUCCAGCGGGGUUCUGUCUGGUAAAUCUGGCCUAGAGGGUAAAAUGGAGAAGAAAGAAACCCCCUACGAGAACUACCACGGCUCAAACACUGUAUUUUUAGUUGGUAUGCUCAUGUCGGUGGUAGGGGGUGUUUUCGUAGUAUUUGCUCUGAUGGCUCUCUGCUACAGGUCAGUCGUAGUACAUAAAAACUUCUCCCUCUGUCUCAGAAGGAAGGGAACCAUCCAGAAACAUGAUCUGCCGUACUCUAAAAAGCCUCCGCAGAAGACCUGCACCGGGGCUUCUGGAAACCACCACCCCGAGGUCGCCGCCCUGGACAGCGUCAACAAGAUCCUCACCUUUGGCAGCAUGCCCUCCUACAGCCGCGACGAGACCCAGUGCGUGCUGUUCCAACCCCUGAAUAGUCUCGGCAACGCGGACAAGAUACUACUCAAGGAGCACAAGCCCCAGAUGAAAAGGCCCGGGGCUGAUGACGAAGACGGGAGCACCGGCCCCGAAGAAGCCGUUGCCUUCAUUGAUCUGCCGCCCAACAGUCUGACCAAGUUGCCGGAAAAGGGAAUUCUAAAGAAACACGGUGGUUAUGGCAUCGGCAGUGGAUCGGCAUCCGAGGUUCAAAGAACCCUAAACAGUCUGAACGGAUACCACGAGAACAUCAUAGAGGCCCUGAGAAACGCGGCGAGCCACCGGGGCCUGGGGACAACUCCUUCAGGAAGCAGCAGCCUCCUGACGGAAGACGUGGUGCGCAAAUCCCUGGUCGAUUGCGGCUAUGCCGACUCCUACAGGAAGGAUUCCGACAGCCAGGACAAUAUCGACAACCAGGACGAGGAGGACGAGGAGGACGUGCCUCCUUCCUGCGGGCCGAUUCGCAUUCGCACCCUGGAGGACCUCAUCAGGCAGCUGGAGCACCACUCUACCAGACACAUGAGUCCCAGCGGCUCGGAGGAUAUCCGAAUAUCCGAAAACGAGGGUGACCGUCACUACAGAAUAGAUUCCUCCGUUUGUAGCGAAUCUUCCCAAGGGAGCAGAAUCCGAGGACGCGACGACGACUCCAGAUUCAUGUACAGCCGCUACCGGCAGCCCUCGUCUCGAAGUCCCUACGGCACCCAUCAGCACACUCAUCAGCACUCGCAUCAAAUGCACGAGGAGGAGGGAAUCUACGAAACUGCCGAUCCUGAUAGAGGCUCAACCAACAGGGGUGAAACUCCUGAUAGCGACAGUGAUGCAUUUAUUCAAGCUCAACAACAAUUAGCCCGGUGGACGAGUGAGGAGCGGGUGCAGCAUCGGCCACCGCAGCAGCCGCCGCCUCCUUCGGUGACAGCGAUGCAGCAGCAGCACCACCAGCAUCAGCAACAGCAGCAACAGCGCCAGAAGCGGCAGCAACACCGGAAACAACGUCAGCAACUGCCGCUGUCAACCGCAGGCGGCGAAGAAGGAGAAGACGAAGAGGAACAACAGCUGUCGAUAAAACAGCGCGGCUACUAUCCAUCCCCACCCCACACUGACAACGGCCUCGAGAACGAGGAGGCUGAAAAUGCUCAAUCCCAACAACAAAGUCCCCCCGACGUUCAUGGAAUCGAUGUGAAUCAGUUGCCUAAUAUUAACAAAUGCCCGCUAGACGAUAACUUUAGUCUAGAUUGUAACAUAAAUAACGGUUCCCCCAAAGAAUUAAAUACCAACAACACUAGUGAUAACGAAAAUACUGCCCUACUGCCCCCUUCGCAUUUUCCUGAGUACAAGCAUUGAUAAUUAUUAAUCGAUGACAGUUAGUGUCCAAGACAUAGUGGUGUGAUUUAAUCUCGAACUCGCAUUUUAUACUGAAUAGUGUAAAUAACGAUAAACUAUAAU